GCACAGCCCACCCUCGGAGCAGAAAGCUUGGCGGAAGACACUCGGCAAAGAAAUCACAGGUACAAAGGAGGUCCCGCCUCUCGUUGUGAAUGUGCUCUCAGUGGAGGACGGGCGCCACUUCCGCAAUGACUUGGAUGACUCCUCGAGGCCCGUAGAUUGGGAGGUCAAGCUGCGCAGGACCCUGGCGACGCUCACGGCAUCUCUUUCCCGGGCCAAGCAUCGCAAGGGGAGUGUCUACACGGGUGCCGGCGGAGUGGCGUACACGCUACUGCACCUCGCAGCCUGUGGCCUCCAUGAUCCAUCCUCUUCCUGCGUGGACAGCGCCCGCAUCCUGGCAGAGGCAGAAAGAUCGUCCGAUGCGCGGCGCGUCACUCUCUUGGAAGGUCUGGCAGGCUGCGUUGCUUUGCAGGCCUGGACGCACCAACUCUGCCAAGAGCAGGAGAAGGUGCAGGAGUGUGUCCGAAGGGUGGAGAGGCUGGCGGAGCUUGCCUGUGCUUUGCCGGAAGGAGAGUGUGAGGUGCUCUACGGCCGCUGCGGCUUUCUGGGUGUUGUGCUUUUCCUACGGAAACAUCUCAAAGACCCGCAACUGCUAGCCGAGCCAGCGACAGAGAUUGUGAGGCAAGUGGUUGAAUCGGGACGGCGCCAUUCGCAGGAAGGCUGGCCACUCUACUAUGAGUGGCAUGACAAGUGUUACCUGGGAGGUGCUCAUGGCAUUGCAGGCAUUCUCCACACGUUGGUACAGCUGCCAGAAGAGCUUGCAGCAGCGGGGUCCGAUGUUGCAAACCUCAUCUGCCAGAGUGCUGACAAAUUGUUGGAUGGGCGGUUCGUGAGUGGGAACUUGCCGUCGUCUCUGGGGAGUGACAGGGAUCGCUUGGUUCAGUUCUGCCAUGGCGCAACUGGCGCAGUGCCCCUCAUGCUGCGGUUAGCCAGCGUCUACAAACAGCCACGAUAUUUGCAGCAGGCCCAGGAGUUGGGCCACGUGAUUUGGAGGAGGGGGCUUCUGAACACAAAGGGGCUUGGACUCUGUCAUGGUACACCUGGAAAUGGUUUCGCAUUUCUGGCCCUCUACAGGCAGACGCGGGACGAAGUGUGGCUGAAUCGAGCGCUGCACUUCGCCGUAUUUGCUUGCGAGCAUCAAGACGACUUGUCUCAGCUGGCAGAUCGACCAUACUCGCUUUUCGAGGGCCUUGCCGGUGCUGCCUGUUUUUGGGGCUCUGAUGGCUCUACAGUCAUUCUGGAGGGUGGCUUCCGAUUUACUGGCAUGUGGGUCGAUGAUCAGAAGCAAGGCUACGGCAUCCUCGAGCAACCCGAUGGAAGCCGCUUCGAGGGCAAUUUCGUCGAUGACAAGCCCAAUGGCGAGGGUCGGUUGGCAUACAUAUCGGGCGAUGUCUACGAGGGGCAAUGGGUCAAUGAGCGAGCAGAAGGCUUCGGCAUCUUCACUCGCAGAGAUGGGAGUUCCUACGAGGGCCAGUGGCUCAAUGACCUCCAACACGGCUAUGGAAUCGAAACCUGGCCCGACGGCUCCCGAUUUGAGGGCAUGUAUUGCGCAGGCGCCAAGGAUGGGCAUGGUAAAUUCAUCUGGUCUGAUGGCGCCAUAUACAAGGGAUCCUUCAGCAACAACUGCUUCCAUGGGUCUGGUGACUACAGGCCGUGUCCUGCGAUGAUCUCAGCGCAUCCUUGA